AUGGUGUGGAAAGAAGCCCUGGAAAACGUGCAUAUGAGAAGGAAAUUAACAUCGAUCCAGAGGAAAUUCUUGAUUAAGAUAAACAGGGCAUACAACACCGCCCCCACAAAUGCACUCCAGAUCAUGGCCAACACUUUACCGAUCCAUCUCAAAGCUAAAUACAUCAUAUGGAAUUGGUACUUAACAGCAAAAAGCACACAACACGGAUACGACAUUCCCGGAUAUGACGAGAUCUACCAUGAAAUAAAAAACAAUUGUAAAACCAUCGAUAUCACAAAACCCAACUUCCGAAUUGAUAGGAAACUAAAAAAAGACGAAUUCAUCGAACACCCGGCUGGCAACAUCAAUUACACAAUCCACUGGGAUAACGACAACAAUAAAGAAAUAAAAUCUAAAUGGAAAAUCUAUACAGACGGCUCUAAAAAUGACAACGGCACCGGUGCGGGAUUCAUCGUUAAGAAUAAUAAUGAUAGGACUACUUAUCAGCAUUAUUACAGCAUGGCCACACAGUGCACAAAUUCGCAGGCAGAGAUGUUCGCACUCUUGAAGGCAAUUCAGCACAUCCAGAACAAUAUCGACAUCUUCAAAGGCAGCAUCUCUAUCCUGACAGACAGUAAAGCCGCUCUGCAUAAUUUAAACCAAUUGACUCACCCUACCGCCCUGGCAAAAAGACUAUAUGACGCCGCUAACACCCUUGGAACAGUAAGAAAGUUAUCUUUCGGGUGGAUUCGUGGUCACAGUGGUGUCAAAAGUAAUGAGAUCGCUGAUAAACUGGCCAAGUUAGGAGCCAGUAGCAAUAUCUCUCCUUCUUUUACGGACACCCCGCAGGUGGGCGUCAAAAACUACAUCAUGUCCCUCAUUGAAAAGAUCUGGCAACACGAGUGGGAAACAGGGAGAAACUGCUUCCUGUUUAUUCCCUCAAUUCAAACAAGAAAGAAAGCAAAACACUACGUCCCAAACAGCCUUACCACGCAAGUACUACUGGGACACGGAAAUUUUCCGGCCUAUCUUCAUAGGUUUAAGCUUAGUGAAAACGACAAGUGUGACUGUUCCGACGACGAAAUCGGCGACGCUGCGCACUUUGCUUUUCUUUGCACCAAACACGAUAACUACCGAACGAAACUUAUGCACGAAUACCUCACCAACAACCCAAGAUGGCCCCCAACUGAGCACAAAAUCUUCGAGAAUAAGACUCUUUGGAGAACUUUCGAAGAAUUCAUUUACAACACUGGUGCCCUCGUAGUAAAAAACUCAGAACAUCAACGAUACAACACAGAAGACACAUCAGAAGACGAGAAUAACCUACAAGAGGAGAGCAUGGACGAUAACUCCGACGAGGAGGAGUCGUCGUAG